UGGACUCCGGGCAGCGGCACAUCGGGCUGGACUCCGGGCAGCGGCACAUCGGGCUGGACUCCGGGCAGCGGCACAUCGGGCCACCAGGGCAGCGGCAGGCAUCGGCCCCCAGGCGGGCAGCGGCGGGCGCCGGGCCCCCAGGCGGAGCGGCGGGCGCCGGACCCCCAGGCGGAGCGACAGGCCUCGGGCCCCCAGGCGGAGCGGCGGGCGCCGGACCCCAGGCGGAGCGACAGGCCUCGGGCCCCCAGGCGGAGCGACGGGCGCCGGACCCCCAGGCGGAGCGACAGAUCUCGGGCCCCCAGGCGGAGCGGCGGGCGCCGGACCACCAGGCGGAGCGACAGGUCUCGGGCCCCCAGUCGGAGCGGCGGGCGCCGGACCACCAGGCGGAGCGACAGGUCUCGGGCCCCCAGGCGGAGCGGCGGGCGCCGGACCACCAGG